UGAGAGAGCACUAACGAGAAUACACUCUCAAGGAAGACAUUCACACACACUCACACACAGGCACACAAGCACAUACUGUACGGAUCUGAAGCUCAGUGGAAAGAGAGAUAGAGAGAGACACAUUCACAAUGGUCUCGGAGCCUCGUGGAGAAGCGAGCGGUGAAGAGGAACACGUGGAGGUGUGCGAGGAGGAGAGGAUGGAGGAGAAGAAGCCAUCGAUUCAGUUCAGAGAAAUGUCGACUUCAGAACUGACCAAUGGGAGCGCACAGGAGUCCAAGCCCGGCCAAUCAGACAGCGAGGAGAGGACGUUUGUCAUGAACUUGUACCAGUUCAUGAAGGAACGGGGCACGCCCAUUGAGAGAAUACCUCAUCUCGGAUUUAAACAGAUUAACCUGUGGAAAAUCUACAAUGCUGUGGAGUUACUCGGAGGCUAUGAGUCGGUGACAACCAGGCGGUUGUGGAAGAACGUGUAUGAUGAACUGGGCGGCAGUCCGGGCAGCACCAGCGCCGCCACCUGCACUCGCAGACAUUACGAAAGGUUGGUUCUACCAUACGAAAGGCAUCGGAGGGGAGAGGAAGACAAGCCACUUCCUCCAUCGAAACCUCGUAAACAGUACAAGAGAAGUGAGGAGAGCAAGGGCAAACCCGAGAGCAAGAAAAGGCGGAGGACAGACGGAGACGAGACAGAGGAAAUUCUGAGAGGCAGCCAUCUCUGUGAGAGAGGAGUCUGUUCUCACUCUGGACCGUGGCCAGUUCCCUCAGAGCAUUCGGACAGUGACCAGGUCUCACCUCGAGACAUGUGCCUCAGGGAAAAGCCUCUUCUUCAGCCGCUAGUGCCCGCCCUGGUUAUAUCCCCUCUGGAGAAGAAGAAGCGUCUAGCUCAGGCGAGCUUGAGUUUAGCGCCUCCUGCUGGCCUGGAGGACGGAACCGAGCCUGAGAGACCUUCUGUGAUUCACCUGUCAAAUUUGUCUACACCUUCUGGACGCGUAAGCCACACCUCUGACGGCUCACCCUUGCCUCUGUCCUCUCCAUCCUCCUCACGGAGCCCCUCUCCGUUCUCCGUUUCCUCGGAGGACUGUGUGGCCGUGUCGACCCAGAAGACGACCGCUACGGAAACGGAAAAGCAGAAACAACCACGCUUCGGAGCUUUGCCUGAAUCCGUAGUGCGUGCCUGCCAGCCUUUACCCAUCAUCCACUCGUACCCCUGCCCAAAAGACAUGUCCACUCUGUCACGCCCGCUUCACCACAACUUCCAUGAUGUCACAUCCACAGAUCCAGACAAAACCCAGAGACACUCAGCGCUCAGAAAACCCGUCCCCAUGUCUCUAGGCCAGGCCUGCUGUUGGCCUGCUGUUGGCUCGAGCUUCAACAGGGUCGUCCCUCGCUCCCGUGACCCCUGGAGGCCUAUGUCAUUGCAACCACUUUACAAAUAUCCGGCCCAGAACCCCAAGAGGCCAAGCAGUGCUGAGACACACAUGAAGAAGCUCCCAUCUCCUCUACGCUUCUCAGAACGAAAGGACAAAUCCAAGGCCGCGCCGCCCCAGCAGUACCUUGUGCACCAAAACGGAUUGCCCCAAUUGCCGGGUUACCUGGUGCCAGGCUUCAACCGGAUCAGGGCAGAUGCCCUGGAACACAUGAAAGCUUUUCCUUUCCCACCUGUCAUUGUCCCUGCUCAUCUCAGCAUCCCUCUGUCUCAAUCACAUUCCACACAUCCCAUGCAGAAUCCCUUCUCCGGGCAGUAUGACCCCACGAUGCGGCCGUACCCGUACACAGUGCCAGUCUGGCCACCACCCUCUGGGUACAACAUAGCAACACUGCAGCCGUAUUAACCCAGACUGCUUUUAUCUCCACGGACUGGGAUUUCUAGGGGUUCUAGCCUGGACCGGGUCAUGGUCAAAAUAAUAAUGUAGCUCAUGAUUGCUGUAUGAGAAAAAUCCCACUGAUGGGAUUCGCAUAGGUGAAUUUUAUUUUGUAUUAACCUCCAUAUGACAUUUUACUUCCUCUAUGAUGACUUGAAUCUCUUGACAAAUGUGUGGGGUUUUUUUUUAUAUCUGUUUGUUCAGCCUGACUUAAAAUCUAGAUUUAAUCACACCAGAUUACGCCAGUAGUUCGGGACCAAAACGAUAUUUCGUUGGUUUUCGUCAGCAGCAGCAUUUUUCAUAGUAAGGGUUUUUUUACUCUGUCUCUCUCUCUCUCUCUGGUGAUGUGAUAGAAAAGUCUUCUUUUUAAGCACUUAAUAAUGUAAAUUAAUGCAACUGUGACUAAAAUAUAAGAAAUGAAAAGUAAUAAUAAUAAUAAUAAUAAUAAUAAUAAUUUCAAUCAGAAUUAAACAGAGUAUUGACAAUCCAUUACUUCGCACUACUGACUCAAUCCCUGUUUUAAAAAUAUCACACAAUGAAGUAAUGUAUAUUUUUACUGUGUCUAUAUAGUAUUUUAUUAUUUUAUUAAAUACAUUUGCUUUGUAUAAAAUUUGUUCUCAAGUUUGACAAAGGUGUUUCAUAAUACUGUACACUGAAAGAACUGGACAGUUUCGAUACCCUCCAGUUCAUUUAAUGGAAGCAAUCUAAGGUAAAUAUGAUUGAUAAUGUAGGAACAAUGUUCCAGAUGCUGUCGCUGUGCUGUUGUUUGACAUUCGUUGCUUCGCUGGUUAUGCUGCAAGGGCAUCUGACAAACCUUGUAGAGAUUUUGCAGUUGUUGUAAUGUUGUAGCGCCCCUUAUUGGCCAAAGUGCUGACUCCGAGUGUCUCUCUCUCUCUUUCUAUGUUUUAUUUUUAAACUUGUGAAUCAUUAAUAAACAAAAUACCAAAAUA